CGUCGCCACAGGAAGUGCCCCCUCCCGGAGCCGAGGAAGAGACAGGCCCCAAGAUGGCGGCGUUGGCGGCGUCUGAGCGGCUCCUGUCGGAGGGGGAAGGAGGCGCCAUGGACCCGGCACGGCUGUCCCCUCCGCCGCCCCCACAGCCCCGGGGGGAAGCGCAGCCCCUGGAGCAACUCCCGCAGAGCAAUACGCUGGUGGGGCUGCCCAUUGUAGCCAUCGAGAGCAUCCUCAGCUUCCUGUCCUACGACGAAACCAGCCAGCUCCGCCUGGUAUGUAAGCGAAUGGACUUAGUCUGCCAGAGAAUGCUGAAUCAGGGAUUUCUGAAAGUGGAAAGAUACCACAACUUGUGCCAGAAACAAGUCAAAGCACAGCUUCCAAGACGAGAAUCAGAAAGGAGAAAUCAUUCACUAGCUCGCCAUGCAGAUAUUCUUGCUGCUGUAGAAACAAGACUGUCAUUGCUAAAUAUGACAUUCAUGAAGUAUGUGGAUUCUAACCUCUGCUGCUUUAUACCUGGGAAGGUAAUUGAUGAAAUUUAUCGUGUGUUAAGGUAUGUAAACUCUACCAAAGCUCCUCAGAGAGCCCAUGAAGUCCUUCAGGAGUUAAGGGACAUUUCAUCUAUGGCAAUGGAAUAUUUUGAUGAGAAGAUUGUUCCAAUCUUAAAAAGAAAGUUGCCAGGAUCAGAUGUAUCAGGACGUCUUAUAGCAGCAGCACCAGUUCCAGGUCCUUCUGCAGCCUUAACAACAAUGCAGCUCUUCUCCAAACAAAACCCAUCAAGGCAGGAAGUCACCAAACUCCAGCAGCAAAUUAAAACCAAUGGUGCAGGUGUGACUGUGCUAAGGCGUGAAAUUUCAGAGCUUCGCACCAAAGUGCAAGAGCAGCAGAAGCAGCUCCAAGACCAAGACCAGAAACUGCUUGAGCAAACACAGAUCAUAGGUGAGCAGAACGCCCGACUGGCUGAGCUUGAACGCAAACUGCGAGAGGUUAUGGAAAGUGCAGUAGGAAGUUCCUCAGGGUCUGCACCAAGUGAGGAAGCUCCUAGGAAGCGGAAGAAAGCUGUUGAAUCAAUAGGUUCACUUAGGAAGUCAAAACGCCUUCGGAAUAACAAAUAACUGUGGAAUAAAUGAUACCUCCCAGGAGAAUGCACUGCUUUAGUAGCCCAAGCAGGUUGUCUGGUCUAGAUACUGACAUUUACAGCAUGGUCUCAUUUAGCCUGCUGGUUCUUCACAACAGCAUAGACUUGAACAACAAUUUUCUCUUAUUGCUAAGACAUUUCACCCCACCACCACCACCUGCCCCCCUUCUGUUUGAGUGAGCCCUGCUGUAAAGGAUUGUGAUAAUUUGCCAUAGAUUUGUACUAACCAGACCUGUUCUAUCAUGUUCUGAAAAGUUAACUUUUCUGUGCAGGUGAUUAUUAAAGUGAAAUGUAUGUUUAUGCCUCUUCUGAUACAGGAGUAUCUUCCAGUCUAAUUAAACCUGGGUUUAUUUUAAAUUGGUAAACAACAGGUGUCAUGUUCUCUUGAAAAGAUCCAUUAUUCAAAAUCUUGUUUUGAAAAAAGGUUGACUUUUUUUCAUUGCAAGUGACCUUGUUUAGAAUGUCUGAAAAAUAGGUUAUAUACAUGGGAGUCUACAUAACAAGUAAAUAUGACUUCUUAAGCUACAGCAUUGGCUAUUUAUAUUUUUGUAAAUUUAGCAAGCAAUUGACUUCAGUCUGAUUUUCACAAAUGCAUACCCUACUUCUAAGUGUCUGGAGCCAUAACUUUAUCUUUGCAUGGAUAGGUGCAUGCAUUGCCUAGUCAGCUUGCUAAAGCACUUGCCUGGAGUUGCUAUUAAAUCUGCCUCUCCCAAUUUUUGUAGAAUUUAUUUUGUUUUACUCCUUAGCCAGGUCUCUGGACAUGCCUUCAGCAUAGUUUUCAUUUCUUGUGAAGCCAUUUUGACACACUAUAGCAGGAGCAUAUAGAAGCUGGGACAUUUGCUGCAACUGUUUCCUGUAGAUCACAGGUAUUCUUACCUAAAGCAAGAUUUCAGAGGUGUUUUCUCUUUCCUGCAGGUUUCUGGUUAUACACUAGUGGUGCUGGUUUUGCAGUCAAAAGACUGUUACGUGUUUGUGGGGGGAGUGGCUUGUGUUCUUUCCAGUUUUUAAAGCUUGUGUUGAGAAAGAGAUCUCACUGAUAUGUGGACAGUACUGUCUGUAAAACUUAAUUAUAUUCUAGUGCUUCUUAAAUCCUAAAAAGUAAAUUGACUUCAGACAACAAAGCUUUAAUUUCUUUUGCACUCCUGCUUUGAAGUUGUAACUGGAAAAGCAUGUCUUGCACUGUACUUUCUCUGGAUUUGUCACUUUAACAGCCUCCAAAUUGUAAUGUACAGUGAUUUAUUUUCCCCAGUUGUAUAUUUUUAAAAAAACCUUAGACAACUAUUACUGUCCAUUGUUUUAAUUUGGUGUUACUAAAUAAUUGUAGUUCUGUUGCUGAGCAGUUACAUUUUUCUCUCAAUCUGCUGUUGGCGCUGUCGUAAGCUUUUUGGUAAAAUUAACUUGGGAACAAAAUAAAGUCUGAGUCCAGUGGCACCUUUAAGACCAACAGAGUUUUAUUCAAGGUAUAAACUUUAGUAUUCAAAAAGCAUAUACCUUGAAUACAACUUUGUUGGUCUUAAAGGUGCCACUGGACUCAAACUUUGUUCUGAUACUUCAGACAAACAUGGCUGCCCACCUGAAUCUGACUUGGGGACAGAAAUUGAAUUUGACUGGUGGCUCUAAAGGCUGCUGUUGAAUUAAUGUCCUAAGUACCAUGAGUUAAAAUGGUAGCUUAAAACUCACCUCUCAGUCAAAGGUAAAUACAGAGCUUUCAUUUAGACUUUUCUGGGGUUU